AAGCCGUGCGGCGGCGGGGCUCCCAGACGGGCGGCCGGCUCCCGGGCGGUGUGUGCGCUGCAUGUGCGUGCGUGUGCGCGCGCGCGUGUGUGUGUGUGUGUGUGUGUGUGUCUGGGGGGGGGCGGGAGGCGCGCCGCGCCUCCACCGCGCGGGGCCGGCGAGCUGAAAGAAAUAAAAGGAUCGGGAUAAUAAUCGCAAUAAUAAUAAUAAAAAAAAGAAAGCCAAGAAAAGAAAAGAGAAAGAAAGAGGGAGGCGAGAGAAUAAGGAGAAUAAAAGGAGGCCGGACUGCUUUGCAUUGAAGACCGGGGCGCUAUUGAAAAGCGCUUGAAAAGCGGCGUUGUUCGGCGCGGGUGCGCGCCGCGGCCGGCGCGGUAUAUUAGAGCGGGGCGGCGGCGGGCAGCAGCGGCGCCUCCUCCUCCUCUUCUUCCCUCCCGCCCUCCCGGCUCGUCCUCGGCGCGGAGCGGAGCGGAGCGGCGGCCUGCAGGCAGCGCGGCGGCGGCAUGCGUGCGCCCCGGCGGGCGACCGCGGCGCCGGGCUCCCUCGCCCUCCUCCUGGCCCUGCUGGGGCUGCGGGCAAAGGUGACUCUAGCAUCAGGACAGUUUGAGUUGGAGAUCUUAUCCAUGCAAAAUGUGAAUGGAGAACUGCAAAAUGGAAACUGCUGUGAUGGCACCCGGAACCCAGGAGACAGAAAAUGCACCAGAGACGAGUGUGACACCUAUUUUAAAGUUUGCCUGAAGGAGUAUCAAUCCCGGGUCACUGCUGGUGGCCCUUGCAGCUUUGGAACCAAAUCCACUCCUGUCAUUGGAGGAAAUACCUUCAAUUUAAAAUACAACCGGAAUAAUGAAAAGAACCGGAUUGUCAUCCCUUUCAGUUUCGCCUGGCCGAGAUCCUACACGUUGCUUGUUGAGGCAUGGGAUUACAAUGAUAACUCUACUAAUCCCGAUCGCAUUAUUGAAAAGGCAUCCCACUCUGGCAUGAUCAAUCCGAGCCGUCAGUGGCAGACUUUGAAACACAAUGCAGGAGUUGCCCACUUUGAGUAUCAGAUUCGUGUGACUUGUGCAGAGCAUUACUAUGGCUUUGGCUGCAACAAGUUUUGUCGACCAAGAGAUGACUUCUUCACUCACCAUACUUGUGACCAAAAUGGCAACAAAACAUGCUUGGAAGGCUGGAUGGGACCAGAAUGCAACAAAGCUAUUUGUCGUCAGGGAUGUAGCCCCAAGCAUGGUUCUUGCACAGUCCCAGGAGAGUGCAGGUGUCAGUAUGGAUGGCAAGGGCAGUACUGUGAUAAGUGCAUUCCACACCCUGGAUGUGUCCAUGGCACUUGCAUUGAACCAUGGCAAUGCCUCUGUGAAACCAACUGGGGUGGUCAGCUCUGUGACAAAGAUCUGAACUACUGUGGGACCCACCCACCCUGUUUGAAUGGUGGUACCUGCAGCAACACUGGCCCUGACAAAUACCAGUGUUCCUGCCCUGAGGGUUACUCAGGACAGAAUUGUGAAAUUGCGGAACAUGCCUGCCUUUCGGAUCCUUGUCACAAUGGAGGAAGCUGCUUAGAAACUUCUACAGGAUUUGAAUGUGUGUGUGCACCUGGCUGGGCUGGACCAACUUGCACCGAUAAUAUUGAUGAUUGUUCUCCAAAUCCCUGUGGUCAUGGAGGAACUUGCCAAGAUCUAGUUGAUGGAUUUAAGUGUAUUUGCCCACCUCAGUGGACUGGUAAAACGUGCCAGCUAGAUGCGAACGAAUGUGAGGGCAAACCCUGUGUCAAUGCCAACUCCUGCAGGAACCUGAUAGGCAGCUACUAUUGUGACUGCAUUACUGGCUGGUCUGGCCACAACUGUGAUAUAAAUGUUAAUGACUGUCGUGGACAAUGUCAGAAUGGAGGAUCUUGCCGGGACUUGGUUAAUGGUUAUCGGUGUAUCUGUUCACCUGGCUAUGCAGGAGAUCACUGUGAGAAAGACAUCAAUGAAUGUGCAAGUAACCCUUGCAUGAAUGGGGGUCAUUGCCAGGAUGAAAUCAAUGGAUUCCAAUGUCUCUGCCCUGCUGGUUUCUCAGGAAACCUCUGUCAGCUGGACAUAGAUUAUUGUGAGCCAAACCCUUGCCAGAAUGGUGCCCAAUGCUUCAAUCUUGCUAUGGACUAUUUUUGCAACUGCCCUGAAGAUUACGAAGGGAAGAACUGCUCCCACCUGAAAGAUCACUGCCGCACAACUCCUUGUGAAGUAAUUGACAGCUGUACAGUGGCAGUGGCUUCUAACAGCACACCAGAAGGGGUUCGUUAUAUUUCUUCAAAUGUCUGUGGUCCUCACGGAAAGUGCAAGAGCCAAGCAGGUGGAAAAUUCACCUGUGAAUGCAACAAAGGAUUCACUGGCACCUACUGCCAUGAGAAUAUCAAUGACUGUGAGAGCAACCCCUGUAAAAAUGGUGGCACUUGUAUUGAUGGCAUCAACUCCUACAAAUGCAUCUGUAGUGAUGGAUGGGAAGGAACAUACUGUGAAACAAAUAUUAAUGACUGCAGUAAAAACCCUUGCCACAAUGGAGGAACUUGCCGAGACUUGGUCAAUGACUUCUUCUGUGAAUGUAAAAAUGGGUGGAAAGGGAAAACUUGCCAUUCCCGUGACAGCCAGUGUGAUGAGGCAACAUGCAAUAAUGGAGGAACAUGUUAUGAUGAGGGGGACACUUUCAAGUGCAUGUGUCCUGCAGGAUGGGAAGGAGCCACUUGUAAUAUAGCAAGGAACAGCAGCUGCCUGCCAAACCCUUGUCAUAACGGUGGUACCUGUGUAGUCAGUGGGGAUUCUUUUACUUGUGUCUGCAAAGAGGGCUGGGAAGGACCCACGUGUACUCAGAACACAAAUGACUGCAGUCCUCAUCCUUGUUAUAAUAGCGGCACUUGUGUGGAUGGAGACAACUGGUACCGCUGUGAAUGUGCUCCAGGCUUUGCAGGUCCUGACUGCAGGAUCAACAUCAAUGAAUGCCAGUCUUCGCCUUGUGCCUUUGGAGCUACAUGUGUGGAUGAAAUUAAUGGGUAUCGUUGCAUUUGCCCACCUGGUCGUAGUGGUCCAGGAUGCCAAGAAGUUACAGGAAGGCCUUGCAUUACUAGUGUUCGAGUAAUGCCAGAUGGGGCUAAGUGGGAUGAUGACUGUAAUACCUGUCAGUGUCUGAAUGGAAAAGUCACCUGUUCUAAGGUUUGGUGUGGUCCUCGACCUUGUAUAAUACAUGCCAAAGGUCAUAACGAAUGCCCAGCGGGACACGCCUGUGUUCCUGUUAAAGACGACCAUUGUUUCACCCAUCCUUGUGCUGCAGUGGGUGAAUGUUGGCCUUCAAAUCAACAACCCGUGAAGACAAAAUGCAAUUCUGAUUCUUAUUACCAAGACAAUUGUGCCAACAUCACCUUCACCUUUAACAAGGAAAUGAUGGCACCAGGACUUACCACAGAGCACAUUUGCAGUGAAUUGAGGAACCUGAAUAUUCUGAAGAAUGUUUCUGUUGAAUAUUCCAUUUAUAUUACCUGUGAGCCUUCACACUUAGCAAAUAAUGAAAUACAUGUUGCUAUUUCUGCUGAAGAUAUAGGAGAAGAUGAAAACCCAAUCAAAGAAAUCACAGAUAGGAUUGUAGACCUUGUCAGUAAGCGUGAUGGAAACAACACGCUAAUUGCCGCAGUCGCAGAAGUCAGAGUACAACGGCGACCAGUUAAAAACAAAACAGAUUUCUUGGUGCCAUUAUUGAGCUCAGUCUUAACAGUAGCCUGGAUCUGUUGUCUGGUGACAGUUUUUUAUUGGUGCAUUCGAAAACGCAGGAAGCAGAGCAGCCAUACGCACACAGCAUCUGAUGACAACACUACCAACAAUGUAAGGGAGCAGCUGAAUCAGAUAAAAAACCCCAUUGAGAAACAUGGAGCAAAUACUGCCCCAAUUAAAGACUAUGAAAGCAAAAACUCUAAAAUUGCCAAAAUAAGGACACACAAUUCAGAAGUGGAGGAAGAUGACAUGGACAAACACCAGCAGAAGGCCCGAUUUGCCAAACAGCCAGCGUACACAUUAGUAGACAGAGAUGAAAAGCCACCCAAUAGCACACCUACAAAACACCCGAACUGGACAAACAAACAAGACAACAGAGACUUGGAAAAUGCACAAAGUUUAAAUCGAAUGGAGUACAUUGUAUAGCAGACAGUGGGGUGCUGCCAUGCAGGGCCUUUAAAUAUCAUUACAAAGGCACUCGGAGCUUGUAGUUCUUAAACUGUUGUGUAAUAUUUGAGUCUAAGGCUAUUAUUUACUUAGAAUCCCUGUGUUAAUUUAAGUUUUGACAAGCUGGCUUACACUGGCAAUGAUAGUUGCUGUGGUUGGCUGAAAUACCAAGUGCUGCAUUUCACAUCUAUGCAAAACUAGUCAAAAGUGCCCUAAUGUAAAUUCAGCUGUAGCUGAUACAUCAUGGAAACGUUUCAUAAGGUAUUACAUAGCCUUAUUACUCUUUAGCGUUAACUUUUUUUUUUUGCCAGAUGUCCCAAUUUAUACAGUUUCUUUAGAGUAAUACAUUUUAUUUAUAUUUAUUGAAUUUGAGUUUUUUGUAUAUUGGUUUUAUGGUGACGUACAACUAGUUCUGUAUUUGAAAGUGCCUUUGCAGCUCAGAACCACAGCAACUAUCAAAAAUAAGUUUAUUAUUUAUUUUUUUUAAUUGUAUUUUUGUUGGGGGUGGGUGGGGGGAAACUUGUCAGCAGUUGCUGGUAAAUGAAGAAUUUAAAGAGGAAAAUGUGUCAAAAAUAGAAGUUUGUAUAGAUAUGUAAAUAAUUCUUUUUUUUAUUAAUCACUGUGUAUAUUUGAUUUAUUAACUUAAUAAUCAAGAGCCUUAAAAUAUCAUUCCUCUUUAUUUAUAUGUAUGUGUUUAGAGUUGAAGGUUUUUGAUAGCAUUGUAAACUUGUGGCUUCUUUAUUUUGAAUUUAUUUUCUUGUUACAUGUUGCCUAUAUGCCAAAAUUAAGGUGUUCUAAAAUAGCUUAUUUUUAUUAGGAUGGGCUUUCAUGCCUUGAUGCUGGUUUUUUGUACAACGUCAAAUGUUUGAAACACCUUCCAUAGUAUCACUUUAAGACUAUUUGUAAGUACUGACUGAGGCAGUUUAGAUAAUUAGACUAGAAAAAAAAAUUUUGCUGCUUUAGACUUGAAAAAGAGUGACAGGCAGAUAAUCUGCUAAGAAGCAGUUUAAGGGAACAAAACUGAGCUAUAACUUUAUGUAGAUGAAAUGUGAGUGGUUGCAUGUAAUUAAAAUAUCCAAUUAGCGUGUGAAGUUGGAAACACAGCAAUCUUACUUUGUAAAUUCUGAUUUUUUUUUUCUCUCACCAUGAAUAUGUAAUACUGAACCACUUGUAGAUUUGACUUUUUUUUUUUUUUUUUUUUUUUGUAAUCUACUGCAUUUAGGGAGUAUUCUAAUAAGCUAGUUGUUGAAUACUUGAACAGUAGAAUGUCCAGUAAGAUCACUGUAUAGGUUUGCCAUAGAUCACACUGCCCGCCUUAACAAGUGAGGAAAUCAAAGUGCUAUUACAAUGUUUAAGAUCAGAAGGCUUAUAAACAUAAUCAUCUCAGUGGUUAACCAUUGAGAUCGUGAAGAUACCUUGUAUUGUGAUAUUAGUGUUAUAUGAAAAUGCAUCUUUGAUGUGUUGUUCCUGGCAAUAAAUCUUGAAAAGUAAUAUUUAUUAAAUUUUUUGUAUGAAAACAUAAAAUAGCGUGGAGAUUAUUGAGCUUGGAGGCACUCCCAACUAGUUAAUUGUGCAAAACCAGUGGAAGGAGGCCCUUUAUGCUUCCAAGACUUUAUAAUGAUUGAGGUAGAGCGUUUUUUUGUUUUUAAUUUUUUUUUUGUUGUUACAUGACUACCUCUUCUCAUCAAAUUUUGAAUCAGUUUGAAGGGAUUUAAAAGCAGCAUGUCCCCUUCUUGUUUGUUUGUUUGGGUUUUUUUCAUGUCUUUUGACUUCAUGUAUUUUUAAGAGAAUUGUGAUGUGACUGGAAUUGUGCAACUAGUUUACUUUGCAUGGGCCAAUGAACUACCACUGGAUACUAGCAACUCUGAGUAGCUAGGCAAGAUUCAAACUGCUGACCUGGAUGGGAAAGGAUCCACAGAUCAUACUGAUCUCUAAUGGGUAAGAAGUGUUAUGUAAAGCACAAAAUGAACUUUUAAAAUAUUCUAUGAGUUGAUGUUUAACUAAUGUAGUCUCUUCCACUUAAGAGGGGCAGUGUGUGGAAGUACUGGUUAGCUGUAUGAUAGCCUACUCUUAUUUUAGCACACACUUCCAAUGAAAUGAAGCUGCAAAUUUGUUUUGGUAAGGUAUUAGUAUAAAUCUGAAGUAACAAUUAAGAGUAUGUAACAAACUCAGUUGCAAAAUUAUGUAAAAUAGGGUCAGGCUGCUGCUUGUACUUCAUUGUAAGCCAACCCACCACAAGGCGUUGAAAGAUAAUAGGCCUUUUGUUCUAUGCUUGGUUUGUUGUAAGUACAGGAACUUUACAUAGAAAAAGAUUGCUGUAGUAGCCACACAAUGAACGUUUGCUUUUUAUAUAACAGAAAAAAGCAGGAGAUCUUGUGUUUUGUAACUUUUCUACAGCUUUCAAAAAAGUUAUUUAGUAUUACUUCUUAUUUCAAGCUCACUUUAGGUGGGAUUUCUAACUAGUCACUACACUGCAAUGAAAGGGUUAAUACUUUCCUUUUCUCCCUGAUGUACUACAUAACAGAAGUAUCAGAAUUUUUGGUUUACUGCUUGCUGAAUGGGAAGUCAACAAGACUAGCUUCAUCUGACCACUUCGAUAAUUACUCAUCAGACAAACCCCACAACUAAUAUUAUUCUUUUUUUUCCAGGUUUCUUUCAAUCUGCAAUAAAGUAAACAAGUCUCUCUUUUUUUUUAAAAAAAAAAAAAAAAAAAAAAGCUACUUAAAGCCAAAGUGAUGUUACUUGAACAGUUCUGUACUUUUAAGAUUGAAUUAACCAUUUUCCUGAAAUCUACUGUUACCAUAAGUCUCAGAAUCUUAGUGAUGCAUAAGCCAACUCUCUCUCUUGAAUGGCUGAGCUGUUUACACUUGAGUUUGUAGGCAGAAAGCUGGGACUGCCUUCCAUUAAGCAGAGGAGGAAAGAAGGAGGGGAAAAAAACAAAAAAGGACUAGUCUCUAGGAACAUGCAGUUGUCAGGCUAUCUUCCCAACCUGCUGAAGUAAAUUCUAAUUAGAGACCAAAAUGGUUUUGUCUCUGUAUUCACUGAUUAGGUCUCCAAAGACUCAACGUAGAGCAAAACCUGGGUUCCUUAAAGGUCAAAACUUGUUAAAGCUUUGACAGCAUUGUUUAUUUUGAGCCUUUGCAGUGCAAUGAAGUAUGACAUUGGCUAUGUAGAGGUACUUGUUACAGCAUAGUUUCUCCGUACAUAGCGUAUUUUUCCUAUAUAAUUCAUUUAAUUGUCAAAGCAACUGAAGCUUGUGAAACUGCUAUGAUGAUAUUUUUUAAAAAACAUCCUCGUGUUAGUUGUAGCUUCAAAAUUUACUCUGAGUUUAAAACAAAAAUAGUAUUCCAAAGCUCAGAACCACCACCAAGUUGAGAGUUGGUAAAGGGUGUUUUCUAUUGUCAGAAAAAUAAAUAGAAAUCUAUAUGUUUCUAAUUGAAA